GUUUCCUGGAAUUUUCUGUGGGGAAAUUUACACACCUUCUGCUCAGCAGGCCCCUCCCACAGGAGGCCAUUCUGCGCCAUAUUUCAGGCAAUGUGACCUUCCUUCUUUUCCAAAUACACUCACAAUAUCAGAACACCACGGUUUCAUUUACUAAGACUCUCCUUCCCGGCACCUCGGGGACAGGCAAUGACAGAGGGCUGGUUUUCAUGCUUAGACCUGAGCAGACUAUGUGCACUUGGUAUUUGGAGACGAAAGAUGCCAAGCCUGUUCAAACUGUGGCCAUUCCACUCUCCUACUCAGAAAGAGAUCCCAUUCCUGGAGGCUGUAAUUUGGAGUUUGACCUAGAUAUUGAUCCCAACAUUUACUUGGACUAUAAUUUUUUUGAAACAACUAUCAAGUUUGCACCAGCUAACCUGGGCUAUGCAAGAGGUGCGGAGCCUCCGCCCUGCGAUGUGAGCACGGGCCAGGAGUCCAGGUGGAGGCUGCGGUAUGAUGUCUACCAGUACUUUCUCCCCGAGGGCGACCUCACCGAGGCCUCACUACUCCAGCAUCUGCAGAGGAUGGCCCAGGUGUCACAGGUGAAGGCCAGUGCGGUCAAGGAGUUGUUUAUAAUGUCAUCGUUUCGGACCCGUCCCUCAAUACUUCGGCUGCCUAUGUUCCUGUGCACACAUACGCUUGCAGCUUUGAGUCCGUGGACGGUAACUGUGCCUCUCCGAGUAUCUACCAAAGUGUUCUCCACUGUGUUUGCUGUGCUUGGGAUCUUCAUUUGUUUCUUUGGACACAGAUUCUGGAAAACAGAAUUAUUCUUCGUUGGCUUCAUUUUCCUGGGGUUCUUCUUUUACAUCCUGAUCUCCAGACUGACGUCCCUGAAGUACGAUGUCCGCCUGGUCCUCACCGCUGUAGCUGGCAGCAUCGGUGGCAUCCUCCUGGUGGCCUCCUGGUGGCGAUUUGGGACCCUCAUGCUCUGUAUGCUGUGUGUUGGACUCGUGCUGGGCUUCCUCGUCUCUUCUGGGACAUUCUUCACUCCUCUGGGAAAUCUAAAUGUGUUUCGAGACGAUGGAGUGUUCUGGGUGACCUUCUCUUGCAUCACUCUGCUCGUCCCAGUCAUCUUCAUGGGCUGCCUAAGAAUACUGAACAUCCUGGCGUGUGGAGCUGUGGGUUCCUACUCUGUGGUGCUGGCUAUUGACAGUUACAUCUUCUCCAGCCUCUCCUACAUGACUCUGAAUGUCCUCAGGAGAGCACUCAACACAGACUUCCGAGCGGCUUUCAUUGGAGUGCCUUUCCAGACUAAAGACUUCCUUGUCCUGGCCGUGUGGGGGAUGUUGGCUGUCAGUGGAAUUACGCUGCAAAUUCGAAGAGAAAGAGGACAGGCGCCUUUCCCUCCCCAUCCCUACAAGCUGUGGAAGCAAGAGAGAGAAAGAAGAGUGACAAACAUUCUGGACCCCAGCCACCAUAUCCCUCCCCUGAGAGAGCGGCUGUAUGGCCGAUUGACUCAGAUCAGAGAGCUCUUUCAGAAGGAACAGCCAGCUGGAGAGCGCACACCCCUGCUGCUGUAGAAGGCUGAGAGCUUGGUCAGUGUGGGAUCAGCUGCGGCCAGUGAUGGGGUGAUGCCCUGCUGAAGUACAGUAGUGGAGUUAGAGCAUCCGAGGUGACGGUGAGAAAAAUCCCCAGAUGGCUGGUUGUAGAUGCUUUGGCUCAUUUUCCACAAUCUUUACAAGUUUCCUUUGUUUACAAAUACAAUUCGUGUUUUAUAAAAUAUGCCAGAAAAUAAAAGUGUCAGUUCUCCUUAAAGCCCUGGUAUUUUUUUUUUUUUUUUACAUGUCCUUGGACAGUUUUGACUCAGUCUGAACCUGUGGAGGGGGAGGCUGGCAGUGGGUACCUGCUUUGUGUGUAUAGGUUUGAUUCUUUGCCCUUGAAUGUUAUGAUUAAGGGGAAAGUAACUCCUGCUUUUCAUUAAAGCAGUUUGAUUACUUGGCUGCAUCUCAUAUUUUAAACAGAAACCUUCAUUUCUUUCAAUAUUUAAAAAAUUUAUUUUAAAAACUAUGGCCAACUAUCCUAAAAUUAAUUAACAUAAAUUCCCUAUUGUUUUGCCUCUUAGGGUUAAAGUGGUAAUUUAAAUAAAUUAUUUCUGUAAUUGAAAAUAGCUGUUUAUUAAAGAUAAUAGAUAAGUCAUAGCCCAAAUGGUGACCUGUGACCUUUCUUUUGAGUUGCAUUAGUUGAUGAGUGGACUAUUUUGUCAGGACAGGUCACUAAGGACAUGAAACCUUUGUACUCUGUGCUGUGUGAAGCAGCUGUGUUAGUGCCCUGUGGAGUUGUUCCCAGUGACUGCUACUGAGCUCUGGAGCUCAGAGGGAAUCAGCUGGAAUGGAGCUGCUCCUGAGGGCUGCCCUGGGUUCUGUAAGGUGGGCCUCUCACUUUAACUCCCCCUUUUCACAAGAAAGUGCCAGGUGCCCUGGGCUGCACGCCUCCAGGGUUGUGAGUUGUGAGCUGGAUUCCCUGAUGCAGUGCUGCUGUCAAUGGAAUUACGCUGUGGCUGUGGUGUGCUCAUUACCGCUGCUUCCUUGAUGGUGUUUUUUAAUAGUCAGCUACUGAAAUUUCAGGUAAUGGGAGGAGUCUUCAGUUUUGGUUUUUAAAAUGUUUUGAAGAGAAAACAAUGAAAAAUUUAUAAAAUGAACCAAAUGAAACCUUUUGUUUCAAAAAAUUCUUACUGUUAUUACUGUCUGGCUUAGCAAUGAAGUUGUUUGAAAACAAAAAUUAACUAUAGGGACUCCGGCUUCUGUCACAUGCCUGUAUUUUAGUUUCGUGGAAUGUUGAAGAGCAAUUCUCUGUCCUGUUAGAACACUCUGCCAGUCAGAGCUGUGAAAGGCAGAAUAUGCUUUCUUGGAGGGAGAAGACUAAUUGUUUUUAAAUUUUCAUAAUAACUUUUAAUAAUUCCAUUUGUGUAAUCUUUGUAAUAAACACCCAUUUUGAAAAAUG